CGCUCUCACUUUGCGCGCCAAAAUAAUCCAGUCAGUGUCGAGUUCGCGCGCUCACGGAAUGCUCGCAUCUCGCGCGCCCGUAGUGGAGACGCCAUUCUCUCUCUCUCUCUCUCUCUCUCGCUCUCUCUCUUUCUCUCUCUCUCUUCCCGACAGAGCCAGAGGAGCUUUACAGGAUUUCCUCUGACAGACCGAAAUCACGUUCCUGCAGUUAAAAUCUAUUCAGAACCAUGGAUCCGUUAAACUGCUCCUCAGUGGAUGACGUGGAUGCUGGAAUCAGUGGCAGUAAAAUCGUCCUCUGCCUGCUGCUCUCCAUCCUAGCUGUGGCCACCACGGUCAUCAAUUCCCUGGUGAUAACAGCCAUUCUGGUCACUCGCAAGCUCCAUCAGCCAGCUAAUUACUUGAUUUGCUCGUUGGCCGUCACCGAUCUCCUGGUGGCUGCGCUGGUGAUGCCGAUCAGCAUCGUGUACAUAGCAGAAGAGACGUGGGUGCUGGGGCCGGCCAUGUGCCACCUGUGGCUGGGCGUGGACGUCACCUGCUGCACCUGCUCCAUCCUUCACCUGGCUGCCAUCGCCCACGACCGAUACCGUGCCAUCACGGAUGCCGUGGCGUACUCACAAAAACGCACGUCUCAGAGAGCGGCCGUGACCAUCGUAGUGGUCUGGGUGCUUUCCGUACUUGUCUCGCUCCCACCUCUCAUGUGGAGGAAGAUGCCUGAAGAAAGCGGGGAACGUGGAAUGAUGGAGUGCAUGAUGGAGCACGAUCACAUCGCCUUUACUGUCUACUCGACUUUCGGCGCCUUUUACAUCCCGCUUGUCCUCAUACUGGUGCUCUAUUACAAGAUCUACCGGGCGGCGCAGACGCUGCGCAACCGGCGAGGCAGCAGCCGACUGGUGAAGCAGUCAGUCAAUAGUGUCAUGGUGAGUUCAGACAGGGAAGCUCCACCGCUCAGUCCAGACACGCUCAGCCCCACCGAGAAGUCUUUUUCAGAGCCAUCAACGGAUGGAGAACGCGUUAAGAUCACUCCCACCACGGGCAAAGUGUUUAAGAACCGACGGAACCCCGCCGCCAGGGAGAGACGGGCAGCCCUCACUCUCGGCCUCAUCCUCGGGGCCUUUGUGAUCUGCUGGCUGCCUUUCUUUCUCAAAGAGGUCAUUGUGAACACGUGUCCUUCUUGCAGUACGUCGGCUCUGCUCGCGGACUUCCUUACCUGGCUGGGCUACCUGAAUUCCCUCAUCAACCCGCUUAUAUACACGAUCUUCAACGAGGACUUUAAAAAAGCCUUUCAGAAACUCAUCCCUUUGUGUUGUACACGGUACAGAUGAACUCUGAUGACUACAGAUGCUUUGGAGGGAAGGAUAUCCUGCUGAGGAUUGCAGGAGAAAUGAUUUGAAAGUCUUAUUCUGGAGACUGUUGAGAAGGGGAACAGACUUUGCACAGUUAAAAUAACUAAGAAUCAUUCGUUCAUAACAAAACAAAGUUCGUACCUUAAAUCCAGAACAGCAGAAAUCUUUGUUGGAGUUUUGACCGAAACAAAUUUGAAUAAUGGACAAUUGCAAUUGGUGCCUCAAGACUGCACCAGUGACUGAAGGCAAUGGAUGGCACAAGUGUUACAGUAUACAGACAAGGGACCAAAAGAAGACUUUAAUAUCCAUUUCUGACCGCUGCUUCAAUUUCAGCUUCCACUCUUGUUCAAGGUGUUUUAUGAAUUUGAUAGUCAUGACUUGACAUGCUCAUUUUCCAAACAAACUUGGGAUAUGCAACCAGGUUCACUUCAAAACAUACAAGUACCUAAAUACGUGCAUGACAUUCCCCUUUAAUCUUAAUAAUAAAAAGAAAAAGGCAAAACUGCUCCAGUUGUUUACCCCUUUUAUAAAGAAUGUUCAGAUAAAGGUGUGUUACAGCACAAACUCAAUGGUCAUUUUUC